CAAGUGCUCCAGGCAGACCCAGACGAGAGAGGACUGGCACGGGGCCGGGCACUACGGGGAAGAUGCUGCGCGAGCGGACGGUGCGGCUGCAGUACGGGAGCCGCGUGGAGGCGGUGUACGUGCUGGGCACGUACCUCUGGACCGAUGUCUACAGUGCGGCCCCAGCCGGGGCCCAGACCUUCAGCCUGAAGCACUCGGAGCGCGUGCAGGUGGAGGUGGUGCAUGACAGGCAGCCUGAGGAGGUGGCCGCCGACGGCAAGCAGCGCUGGCCUCUCUCGCCCAGCACCACGCUGCGGCUCACCAUGAGCCAGGCGAGCGCCGAGGCCAGCAGCGACAAGGUCACCAUCAACUACUAUGAGGAGGAGGGGGUCACCCCCAUCGACCAGGCUGGGCUCUUCCUCACGGCCAUUGAGAUCUCCCUGGAUGUGGAUGCAGACCGGGACGGCGUGGUGGAAAAGAACAACCCAAAAAAGGCAUCCUGGACCUGGGGCCCUGAGGGGCAGGGAGCCAUCCUGCUGGUGAACUGUGACCGAGACACACCCUGGUUGCCCAGAGAGGACUGCAGCGAUGAGAAGGUCUACAGCAAGGAAGACCUCAAGGACAUGUCCCAGAUGAUCCUGCGGACCAAAGGCCCCGACCACCUCCCCACUGGAUACGAGAUCGUUCUCUACAUUUCCAUGUCAGACUCGGACAAAGUGGGCGUGUUCUACGUGGAAAACCCGUUUUUCGGCCAGCGUUAUAUCCACAUCCUGGGCCGCCGGAAGCUCUACCACGUGGUCAAGUACACGGGCGGCUCUGCCGAGCUGCUGUUCUUUGUGGAAGGCCUACGUUUUCCCGAUGAGGGCUUCUCGGGCCUGGUCUCCAUCCACGUCAGCCUGCUGGAGUAUAUGGCCGAGGAGAUCCCCCUGACACCCAUCUUCACAGACACCGUGACAUUCCGGAUUGCUCCGUGGAUCAUGACCCCCAACAUCCUGCCUCCUUUGUCGGUGUUUGUGUGCUGCAUGAAGGACAAUUACCUGUUCCUGAAAGAGGUGAAGAACCUGGUUGAGAAAGCCAACUGUGAACUGAAGGUCUGCUUCCAGUACAUGAACCGGGGAGAUCGCUGGAUCCAGGAUGAAAUCGAGUUUGGCUACAUCGAGGCCCCCCACAAAGGCUUCCCUGUGGUUCUGGACUCCCCCAGAGAUGGAAACCUGAAGGAUUUCCCAGUGAAGCAGCUCCUGGGCCCAGAUUUUGGCUACGUGACCCGGGAGCCCCUCUUUGAGCCUGUCACCAGCCUUGAUUCCUUUGGGAACCUAGAAGUCAGUCCACCAGUGACCGUGAAUGGCAAAACAUACCCCCUGGGCCGGAUUCUCAUCGGGAGCAGCUUUCCUCUGUCUGGUGGUCGGAGGAUGACCAAGGUGGUGAGGGACUUCCUGCAGGCCCAGCAGGUGCAGGCACCCGUGGAGCUCUACUCGGACUGGCUGACCGUGGGCCAUGUAGAUGAGUUCAUGACAUUCGUCCCCAUCCCAGGCACAAAGAAAUUCCGGAUGCUCAUGGCCAGCACCUCAGCCUGCUACAAGCUCUUCCGAGAGAAGCAGAAGGAGGGCCAUGGGGAGGCCAUCAUGUUCAAAGGCUUGGGCGGGAUGAGCAGCAAGCGAAUCACCAUCAACAAGAUUCUGUCCAAUGAGAGCCUCGUGCAGGAGAACCAGUACUUCCAGCGCUGCCUGGACUGGAACCGCGACAUCCUCAAGAAGGAGCUGGGGCUGACGGAGCAGGACAUCAUCGACCUGCCUGCCCUCUUCCAGAUGGACGAGGACCGCCAGGCCAGAGCCUUCUUCCCAAACAUGGUGAACAUGAUUGUGCUCAGCAAGGACCUGGGCAUCCCCAAGCCAUUUGGGCCCCAGGUUGAGGAGGUGUGCUGCCUGGAGACACAUGUGCGCUCCCUGCUGGAGCCCCUGGGCCUCUGCUGCACCUUCGUGGAUGACAUCUCCGCCUACCACAAAUUUCUGGGGGAGGUGCACUGCGGCACCAACGUACGCAGGAAGCCCUUCACCUUCAAGUGGUGGCACAUGGUACCCUGA